AUGAACCUUGCCUAUUCAGUUUUCAAAGGCAGUUUGCGGGCGCUUCAUUAUCAUCUUUUCCUGGUCUUUCAUGUUGGUCUUGCCAUAAAUGAACUCUGGUUCAAUCUCACGCGGAUCAGUCAGGUCUCCAACUCAUCUAUCUUGAUUUGUCGUUUAAUCAGAUGCCCAGGAAUACUCCAACUUGAAAUCAGCCUCCUUGUUGUAAAUCAGUUAACUGGUUCAGUUCCUCAAGAAAUGGGUCGAUUACGCUCUUUCCAGCUCUUUCCAGCAGCAAUUGGUGGCCUGAGAAAUUUCACCCAUCUUCGUCUCUACAAAAAUCAACUUUCUGGCUCCCUUCCUGAAGAGCUAGGAAACUUGGAAUCUUUUGUUGAUCUAGAGGUGGGCAACAAUCAAUUGAGCGGCCCAGUUCCUGCUUCAAUUGGAAACAACAUUAGCAGUUGGAUACCUCCUGAGAUUGGAAAUGCCGCUCAGCUUCAAGCACUUGAUCUUUCUUCAAUCAAUCAAUUGAACCAGCCAAUUCCAGGAUUUUUUGGAAACUUCCUUAAACUUAUCUACUUGAGCAGCAGCAAUUUUUUGCACAUAAACCCAAUACAGUUGGGGAAGCAGUUUUGGACAAAUGCGGGGUUUAUCGAUAUAUCCCACAGCGAGUUGCAAGGUUCCAUUCCUGACAGCAGAGCCUUUCAAAAAGCUUCCGCAGAAGCAUUACAGACGAAAAGAUCAUGUUCAAGCAUUAAACUCUCGGGUUCCAUACCCCAAGAAAUUGGAUCAGCGAAAUCUCUUAACCAGCUUGAUUUGUCAAAUAAUUGCCGAACUGGCACAGUUCCUGCUGCUAUCAGAAACUUGACACAGCUAUCGCUUCUUCACCUUUUUGAGAACCAACUGUCUGGUUCUAUACCUCAGGAGAUAGGAGCCGUGGAGUACCUUUCCGUGCUCUCUAUGCAUGGAAAUAAUAUCACUGGCACAAUCACCCAUUCGAUAGGGAAACUGAAAAGCUUGUCCACUCUCUUCCUUCAUAACAAUAAGCUCUCUGGUUCCAUACCUCAAGAAAUUGGAUUCUUGAAUUCUCUUGAAAUGCUUGAUCUGUCAAAUAACAGUUUCAUUGGUCAUUUGCCACAAGAUAUAUGUCUCGGGGGAUUGCUUCAAAAAUUUUCUGCAGCAAGCAACCAUUUCACGGGUCCCAUUCCUAAAAGUUUGAGAAAUUGCUCGAGUUUGUUUAGAGUGAGACUUGAAGGUAACAGGUUAGCAGGAAAUUUAACUGAAGAGUUCGGAAUAUACCCUCACUUGGGCUACAUAGAUUUGAGUGACAACAACUUAUUUGGUGAGCUUUCAUGGAAAUGGGGGGAGUGUUACAGCCUGACAAGUUUAAAACUAUCAAACAAUAACAUCUCUGGCCAGAUACCGCAAGAUCUUAGAAAGGCAGCUCGGCUUCAUGUUCUUGACCUUUCACUAAAUAAUCUAGCUGGGAAGAUUCCCGAGGAAUUGGGGAAGUUGACAGAACUGUUUCAAUUUACUCUUAACGAUAAUCAACUUUCUGGUGACAUUCCUUUGGAAAUUGGAAUGUUGGCUGAUCUUGAACAUCUCAACCUAGCAGCAAACAACCUAAGCGGUUCAAUUCCUUCUGAAAUUGGCAACGCGUACACUUUAGAAAGUCUUGACCUCAGUUGGAAUUUGCUUGGAGGAGAGAUACCACAACAACUUGGAGAUAUAAAGGUUCUACAGAUUUUAAAUGUCUCCCACAAUAUGUUGUCUGGUUCUCUUGCGGUUCCGGCCACUUUAUCCAUACACGAAGCUUGACGGCGGGGGAUGUAUGCAACAAUGAGUUAGAGGGACCGAUUCCCAACAGCAAAGCCUUUUAUGAGGCAUCUGUAGAGGCAUUUAAAAAUAACAAAGGUUUGUGCGGAAAUAUAUCUGGUUUGAAGACCUGCCCCUCGUCACUGAGCUACAAUCUGCGUCCAAAAGGGCAUAGCAAAACCAUUAUUGUAAUUGUUGUCCCUUCUUCUUGCAAACCUUUUCUUCUCCUCGGCAUUGUUGGAAUCUUUUAUUCUCUUUGUCGAAGUGUGCAAAAACAGAAAGACGAGGCAAAGCAAGCAGAAAAAUCGAAACAUCUUUGCAAUAUGGAGCUAUGACGAGAAAAUGGUGUAAUAUCAUUGCUACUGAGGGAUUUGACCCCAAAUUUUGCAUCGGAGUAGGGGGACAAGGAAGUGUUUAUAAGGUUGUGCUCUUGACAGGAUAGGUUCUUGCUGUG